CCCUCCCCCGGCGGCGGGCGCCCCGGCCCAGCGCGGCCCGGCGCGGCCCGGCCAUGCCUCCGCCCCCCAAGCGGGCCCGGGAGCCGGCCGAGCUGGAGCAGCAGCGGCGCCAGGAGCAGAAGCGGCGCCGGCGGGACGCGCAGCAGCGGCAGCAGCUGCAGCACCUCGAGUCCUUUUAUGAAAAGCCUCCUCCUGGACUUAUCAAGGAAGAUGAAACCAAGCCAGAAGACUGUAUACCAGAUGUACCGGGCAAUGAACAUGCCAGAGAAUUUCUGGCUCAUGCUCCAACUAAAGGACUUUGGAUGCCCCUGGGAAAAGAAGUCAAGGUUAUGCAAUGCUGGCGCUGUAAGCGGUAUGGACACAGAACAGGUGACAAAGAAUGCCCAUUCUUUAUCAAAGGCAAUCAGAAAUUGGAACAGUUCAGAGUAGCACAUGAAGAUCCCAUGUACGAUAUCAUAAGGGAGAAUAAGCGUCAUGAAAAAGAUGUGAGGAUACAACAGUUAAAGAAGCUACUAGAGGAUUCUACCUCAGAUGAAGACAGCAGUACUUCCAGCUCCUCAGAAUGUAAGGAGAAGCAUAAGAGAAAGAAAAAGAAGGAGAAACAUAAGAAGAGGAAAAGAGAGAAGAAAAAGAAGAAGAAGAAGAAGAAGAAGCACAAAUCUAAGUCGAAUGAGAGUUCAGACUCUGACUAAAAAGUAGUUUUCUUUUAACCCACCUCAUUGCUCUAGAGUCACGGUACCAAAGGACCUCAGUUGGCAGAGAAAAAGGAACCAAGAAAUGGGUGUACUUAGCGUUAUUUCUGUGGUAUUUUGCUCUUGCUGCCAACAGUGAUGAAUUCAACACGAUGUUGAGCUGUUUGUAUGCCAUACUGUGGGGUUCUCAUUGUCGUCUUCCCUAAUGACCAUAGUUUGUGACAAAUGUUUUGAAGAAAAUCAAGCAUGAGAUAGGAAGACAUUCUAGGCAUUUCCAAAAGAGAUUCCCCCAUGGAAGCAGAGGGUUGGUGGGGCUGUGGACCGACUUAACUUUCUUGAAAAGUCUAGCUCUUCAGCAGUUGCAAGUGAGUGCUAUCGGGCAUUGAAUAAUAAAACUCAGUUAUCUAA